CGUGUUAUUGUCUGCGACAGAACAGCCGUGAGUCGUCGCACAGAGGUGUAGCAUGUAGCAUGUAGCAGCGGGUUGACAGCAGCUCUACCGGGUUUCUCUCUGAGCUGUGACAUUUAACGGCUCGUGUCCGGAUCAUUGAGAACUCGUGACAACCGGAAACGGAAGUGCAAGUCGCUCCGAGUCUCCCAGACACCGGCAGUUAGCUCUCGUUAGCUAAACCCGGUCGUUAGCUCCCGCUGCUGCCGCUGCGGUGGACGGGCUGUUUGUGGGUCUUCAGCCGGCGAUGUGACGGUCCCCCCCCCUCCGUGUCCCCCCGUGUCCCCGGAGCUGUGCAUGUCCCGGCCUCCUCCCGCAGGUGGAGGAGGGCAGGCGGAGGGUCCGCUGAGCUCAGUGUCGGGAGGAUGGAGACCUGGACCCCCAACCCGCGAGCCAAGCCCUUCGUCCCGCGGCAACAGAGGAGCCUGUACCUCACCUGGAAAUACAAACUGACCAACAAGAGGACGAUCCGGCGCUUCUGCCAGGCCGCCGCUGUGCUGUUUCUGCUCAUCACCGUCAUCGUCAACAUUAAACUGAUCCUGGACACGAGACGAGUCGCGAGCGAAGAUGCAGCUGCUCAAGAAUAUGAGGACGCUGUACCCAACAUGGAGACGCCACGCCGACCGGCGAGCGGACGCAAGAUCCUGGACAUCGAGGUGUACUCCAGCCGCUCCAAGGUCUACGUGGCGGUGGAUGGAACCACGGUUCUGGAGGACGACAUGCGGGAACAAGGCAGAGGAAUCCACGUGAUCGUUCUCAACCAGGCAACUGGUCACGUCAUGGCCAAGAGGAUAUUUGACACCUACUCGCCUCACGAGGAUGAAGCCAUGAUCCUCUUCCUCAACAUGGUGACCCGAGGCCGAGUUCUCAUCUUCACUAUAAAGGACGAGGGCACGUUCCACCUGAAGGAAGCUGCUAAGAACCUGCUGAAGAGUCUCGGCAGUCAGGCGGCGCUCAUCCUCAGCUGGAGGGACAUGUGGACGCUGGUGGUGAAGAAAGGAGGUCAAGUUUACGGAGAGAAGCACUCCAAGUCCCCGGCUCUGUCCACCUGGGGAGACCCGGUGCUGCUGAAGACCGAGGUGCAGCUCACAGCCUCUGAAGAGGCAGAGUGUCAUUGGGCCGGCACUGAGCUGAACAGGAGGAGGAAGCUCUUCUGCAGCAAAGUGGAAGGAUACGGCAGCAUCUGCAGCUGCAAGGACCCGGCACCCAUUGAGUUCAACCCCGACCCUUUCCCCAACAGCAACGUCUUGAGUGUCCCUGUGGCCGUGAUCGCAGGGAACAGACCCAACUAUCUCUACCGAAUGCUGAGGUCACUUCUCUCAGCUCACGGUGUCAACCCACAGAUGAUCACCGUCUUCAUCGAUGGAUAUUAUGAGGAGCCCAUGGAUGUUGUCGAGCUGUUUGGACUGAAAGGAGUUCAACACACACCCAUCAGCAUCAAGAACGCCAGAGUAUCACAGCACUACAAGGCCAGUCUGACUGCAACCUUCAACCUUCACCCAGAGGCGAAUUACGCCAUUGUUCUGGAAGAAGACCUGGACGUCUCCAUCGACUUCUUCAGUUUUCUGAGUCAGACCGUCCACCUGCUGGAUGAGGACGACAGUCUGUACUGCAUCUCCGCCUGGAACGACCAGGGCUACGAACACACAGCGGAGGACCCGGCUCUGCUCUACAGAGUGGAGAGCAUGCCCGGCCUCGGCUGGGUGCUGAAGAAAAGCCUCUACAAGGAUGAACUGGAGCCAAAAUGGCCGACACCUGAGAAGCUGUGGGACUGGGAUAUGUGGAUGCGGAUGCCGGAGCAGAGGAAAGGCCGAGAGUGCAUCAUCCCUGACGUGUCCCGCUCCUACCACUUCGGCAUCAUCGGCCUCAACAUGAACGGAUACUUCCACGAGGUUUAUUUUAAGAAACACAAGUUCAACACUGUUCCCAACGUGCAGCUGAAGAACAUUGACGGCUUAAAGAAAGAUGCGUAUGAAGUGGAAAUCCUGAAUCUGUUGAAGGAGGCGGAGGUGCUGGACCACACUAAGAACCCGUGCGAGGACUCGUUCCUUCCGGACUCUGAGGGGAAGGUCUACGUCAUGUUCAUUAAGAUGGAGUCGGAGACGGACACGUCCACGUGGACCGAACUAGCCAAGUGCCUCCAUGUUUGGGACCUGGAUGUACGAGGAAACCACAGAGGCAUGUGGCGGCUCUUCAGGAAAAGGAAUCAUGUCCUGGUGGUGGCCGUGCCGAUCUCUCCAUACUCUGUGAAGAAACCAGCCAGUGUCACCCCCAUUCACUUAGAGCCUCCGCCCAAAGAAGAGGGAGCACCGGUGGAGCAGAUGUAGACACACAAACACACACUAACACACACAACACACACUCCAGCCUGGGCCUUAACACUUCUUCUUCUUCUCUCCACUGAACCACCUGCGAGCCACAACUACAGAAACUGACUUUCUCUCAGUGUUGAACUUCUGCACAAGAGGACACUGGGAAAUGGAGUCCUAUAUUUUCAACUUUUUUCUUUCUUUUUUUUAAACAAAGAGGGAUUAACACUACAAACUGCACAACCCGUGCUCCAUGGCUCAAGGGGGAGCGUCAACACUGAACCAGUCUUCGUGAAACUUGACUUUACAACCAAAAUAUGACUGUUUUUCUCUGUUUCCGUGACAACAAGGUUGUACGGCGCAGGGUUUGAUUUUAGUUCAAGAAUUUGUAACUUUAUAAAACGAACGGUACAAAUGAGACAAACCCACUCACGAGUUUCUCAGUUUGUGUUUGUCCAUCUUGUACAUGUGUUAUAACUUAUCUCUAUUUAUUUUACGUCAGUCCGAACAACUUCAGUGGUUUAUUUGCCUUUUUUAAAAAGAAAAUCCACUUUUAUCGAGAUCAGUGAGUUUUUUAAGAGCCUAACGUUUACAGAUGAUGAAAUAAUAAUAAUGUACAUACCUGCCUAUAUAUAUAUUUUUGGAUGAAAUAUUCAAAGGAUCAACAUAUUUUUCAGCAUUAGAUUUUGCGUUUGAGUGAAAGAUAACAGCCCUGUGGGUUUGUGUGAUAGUUGAAGGUCAGUUUGCCUCGGAUCAAACUUUGUGAGGAAACUCGGAGACGUGAGGAAACAUUAACACAGCAGAAAGAGAAAUGCUCCGAUUAAUGAUGUGUUAUCACAAAACUGAUUUAUUCAGUUUUAAACAGCCGUCAACAAAAUGCUUCAUGUGAGGAGUUUCCAAUUUAAAGUCAACCUGCUUUACGAAGACAUUAUAGUGUUGAAACUAUUUUAUUCAUUACGUUUUUACUGCAGCUCCAUCUCAGUACGAUGUUGUGUAACUACGACGAAAUGAAUGCCUGUGAAUCUUUCUUUUAAUUCUGUUUUUAAUGCAGCUCGAUCAGUAUUAGUAAGAACCGCUGUUUGAUUUUUGAAUUGUCCUGGUCAAUCGUUAACCGCUCAUUCAGUGAGUUGACUUAUUUCAUCAAUAUUCGUGUUCUGGAAGUGAAGAAACGGAAUCGCUGUGUUUUCCUGUUCACUGUCGUGGUUCAUGUGCUUUUCUCUGUUGAGAGGGAAACCAAGUCAUUGUCUCCUCAGUGUCACAGCUCCUUCUGUUUGAUGCAUCAUUUUAAAAUACUGAACACGUGAGCGAGGCUGACGAUCCGUGGACAAACUGUACGUUUAAGAGUUUGACGUGUGUGAGUUUCCUUAACUUUUAUCAUGGAGCUGAAUAAAGUUGUGUUUCUAUUUAAA